AUGUGGGGCACGGUUGUCAAUGUUUUUCCCUAUGAUGCUGAGAUUGUUAGAGAGUUCUAUGUUAAUCUGAUGACAGAGGCUUUUGACCCAAAAUCUGUUAAGUAUGGGAAAGUAUUUGUUAGGGGUAAGGGAGUUGACUGGAGGGAAACUACUAACACUGAUGAUGUUGAGGUUGAUGAUGAUGAGAUGACUAGGGAGUUGACUGGAGGGAAACUUAAGGCAUGGACCUCGAAGUUUGCUGCAUCCACUUUGUCUUGGAAAUAUUCUGUACUCCACAAGAUUGCAGUUUACAACUGGCUUCCAAGCAAAAACACUACUGCUCUAACCAAGGAACAAGCUGAAUUUAUCUUUAAAGUUGGUAAGCCAUUGGCUUUCAACUUUGGUGAGCAAAUGUUUGCUAACAUCUCUCGUGCAGCCUUUAAGUCCACAGGUGGAAGUAUGCUUCCCUUUCCAAGCCUCAUCUAUAAUCUCUUGGUUCAGCAAGGACUCAAGGAGAGAGAGAACGAUGUGCUUGUUGAAGAAAAGAACUUGCUUGAGUUUUCCAAAACCCUCCUCACUCCUGAUCGUGUCAAAGAUCUCCCUUACGAACCUCCACGUGUUGGUCCUCCUUUGUCUCCUCAGCCUGAUGAUGAAGCUGACUCUGCUGAAGCCAAGAUCGACAAGUAUGGUGAUGACGAAGAUGUUGAUCGUGCGACUGCUCCUGAUGUUGCACUUGAUGUUUCCAACAUCAUUUCUGUCAAAGCCCAUCUCACUAAAGAAACAUCCACAUCUCGUAAAGGCAAGGAACCAGCUGGAGAUUCUGAAGUUGAGAUUGAUCUUGACGUUGCAGAGCUCACCAAGGCCAGAGAGGAUCUUCUCAAGCUCAAAAGACAAGUGCAGUUGAUGGUGGAUCGGACGAUCAAGAUGGGACAGGACAUGCUUGCACGGGUCGACUGUUGUGAACAAGUCUUCGCCAAACUCCUACCUUUUCCUUCUUCAACAAAAAAGGGGGAGUAG